GGAGGUCGACCCCAGACAGAUUUCCUUCAACGAAGCUCCCAAUUGGCCAGCACAGCCUCCUCCUCGUCCGCACGCUCACUUACAAUCUCAACCCCUGGAGGCCCCGCGGCCAGGGGUGCUUCCCGGGGGACCAGGCAAGCAGGUCCAGUUAUUUGCCGCUCCCAACGCUUCACAUCCGCGUCGUCUCGUUCUGACGCGACGGGAAGUGAACGAGGUAGACAUGGCAACGGACGGCUGGAGUCUCUGCAGGAAACUUUGACGUCUGGCCAGAAAGCUGCAUCCAAGGCGACAGCAGCUCUGCUGGCAACCCUCAUCACUCUCACGCCCACAGCAGCCGCUUGCUUCGCACCAUGGUCAGCCGAAGCAGCUUCCACGAAGUUCCCGUGCGAAGACGUGGAGCAGUACUAUGCAGGCACGCAGGGGCUGAAGGGAGAGGCGCUAAAGGCGAAGCUGCACGACAUUAUAAAGGGUCAUAAAGUGUACACCUACACCGAGGCAUGGGAUGCUCUGAAGAUUCUUGAUGCAGCGGACCAAUCAGAUCCUGCUAAAUCCCGUGAUGUUGUGGAGAUCUACACGCGUAGGGCAGUGCCCAAGGACACACAGGCCACGCCUGAAGGCUGGAACAGGGAGCAUCUGUGGCCACGCUCCUACGGCCUCACUCAGGGCCGCCCUGAGUUCUCCGACCUUCACAACCUGAGACCCGCUGAUGUCAAUGUGAACUCCGCCAGAGGCAACAAGUGGUACGGCGAAUGCACGUCCACUGACGGUACCUGUAUGGUGCCGGCCAACAGGGAGGCAGCAGCAGACACCGCCACCAACAAGGACGUCUGGACUCCCCCCACUGAGGUGCGGGGAGACAUAGCACGUGCGCUGCUCUACAUGGCUGUGAGAUACGAUGGCUCCGUGCCAGGCGAGCUGGACCUCGAGCUCUCAGACAACCCCAAAAUCGCCGAGGGUCAGAUGGGGCUACUCUCACCUCUGCUCAAGUGGCAUGCCAUCGAUCCACCUUCAUCCCUUGAGACCACGCGCAAUGCCCGCGUGUGCUCCCUCUACCAGCACAAUCGCAACCCCUUCGUUGACCACCCCGAGUUCGUCUCCCUUAUCUGGACCGCCGGGCCAGCCUCGGUACCGGCUGUAGGCUCGGGGGCAGACCUGGGCGUAGGCUCGGGAAGCGGAUUCAGCUUGCCCGGAGCAGCACCGCCAGUGGGGGGAGGCUUGGGAGUAGCAGCAGGAGGGGCUAGCGGGGUGGCUGCUCCACGCGUGCCUGGUUUGCAGGCAAAGGCUUGGUUUAAUGAGAUUCACUACAGCAAUGAAGGGCCGGAUAAGAACGAGUUCAUUGAGGUGGUAGUAAGUCCAGGCGUGGACCCCUCCACCCUCACCAUCUACCUCUACAACGGAGCCAAUGGCAAAAGCUACGGGAAGCUUCCUCUCUCCAAGUUCAACCUUCCUCCCACCAACGUUAACGGCUUCGUGGUGUAUGGCAACACGUACGCUCAAGGGGGGCUGCAAAACGGCCCGUCAGAUGGCAUGGCACUUGUUUCCCAGCCGGCAAACGGCGAUGCCACAGUGAUUCAAUUCUUGUCGUAUGAUGGCGAGCUGGUUGCUGUGGAUGGGCCGGCCAAGGGGUUUAAGUCGACGGAUAUUGGAGUGAAGGAGACGGAUAACUCGCCGGCUGAGAGCGCUCUUGGGCUGAUUGGGGUGGGGAAGAAGUACGAGGACUUCAAGUGGUCCAAGUUCAACAAGAAUGCGUCACCUGGCCGUGUCAAUGCGUGGGAGGAGGAUAACCAUGUAGGGGAGCAGGAGCGGCGGAGACCGUCGAAGGAACGGGAAGCGAAGCCGACGAGAAAAAAGAAAGAGAGCGGCGGUAGCAGCAGCAGCGGUGGUAAGAAGGCGGAGUCUAACGGUCCGACAAUACCAGAGGAGUUUAUGUGUCCGCUUUCGUUAACCGUCAUGACUGACCCCGUCAUAAUCGCAUCAGGCCAGACGUACGAGCGUGCUUCUAUCGAGCGGUGGUUCGCGGAGGGUAAGCGGACGUGUCCCAAGUCCGGCGUGCGGAUUGACCAUACAAAUUUCUGCCCGAACUUUGCCCUAAAAAGCAUGAUCUCUGAUUGGAUGGCACAAGGUUCGGGCAGCCACUCUUCAGCUGCCCGACCCAGCACUGCCCCAGCGAAAAAAACCGUGGUGAAAAGCUCCUCGAAAACCAGCCAGUUGCGGCCGAAAACACCACCUCCUCCUUCGCUGUUGGCGCAGUCUCAGUCGGAGCGCGGUCCAGACGAUCAGGACUUCGAACGUUCUUCCGAUGGGGUAGUGCGGAAGAAAAAAGUGGUUAAGAAGAAGAGUGCGGAUGGCGGGGAGGAGAGCAAGGGGGAGAGGGGGCGCAAGGCUUCAGGCUCGGGAAGUGGUUCGGACGCCAAGGCUCGGGCGAGGUCCGUCAGCCCGCUGCCGUCAAACCUGUCGAAGAAAGUGGCGGCGAUGGGCGGGGAUGGUCAGGGAGGGGACGGACCGACGGAUAUUAAAGCCGUAUGGGAUUCUAUAGCGUCGCAGAGCAGCAAGCCUAAGAAGGCAGGAGGUUUGCAGCGGCAUUUAUCUUACUUUCCGCGCGGUGAAGACGGGUUCGGAUCUCCCGCCGACGAUGACGAUGACGUAGGGGGGAAACUUUCCGCCGGAAUGUCCGCGCUCAAGUUAGGCCGUGGCGGCGGGGGCGGCGGCGGGGGUGGAGGUCCCGGGAAGGUAUCAGAUCUGAUGAAGGGGAGGAGUAUGAAGAUGACAAGGAAGCAGCGGGAUAAGCUACUAUCGGAGAUAGGAUCGGAUGGGGUUAGAGGCGGCGCGGGGCUAAGGAUGCCCGCCGAGGGGCCGUCGUCGGGCGACGCGGAUGAGGCGGCGCCGCCGUCGCUGCGCAGCAGCGCUAAGAUGCGGUCCCAUUCGGAAACGGGCAGGAAGGUGAAAAAAACUGAGAGGGAUGCGGAUAGGGCGGCAGGUGGGGGAGGGGGACGGGGGGACGAGGAAUACGGCGGGCACGGGGAACACCUGGCACCAGCGGGGAGAACUUUGGCGGGGGGAGGCGGAGGCGGGGCAGGCGCGAGCAUGUCCCCGCUGCCGCAGCGGCCAGGGUCGGUGGGGCACGGGCGGGUGCCUAGCAUUAGCAGCAACAGCAGUGGGAGCAGCACGGGGGGACGACGGCACUUCGGUAUGGACUCUACUGAUGGCAGCAGUAUGGGCGGCGCGAGCAGCGCAAGCGGCGGCAGGCGGCAGUUCGCCGCGAAUCCGGGAGACGAGCGGCCUAGGACCUCGGGCGCCGCGUUCGGCGGGGACUACGGGCAGGGGGGCGGGGGCGGGGGGGAGCCGUGGAGGGGCGCGGGGUCGGGGAUGGCACCCAGCGGAAGCACCGCGGGCAGGCCUAAGGGGCUCCGGAAAGGCGUGCUGAAAAACGCUGCUGGCGCUGCUGCUGCUGCUGGCGGCGGCGGCGGCGGCGGCGGGGGGGGCGGGGGCGGGGGCGGAUACGGUGGGGGGCAAGGGCAGGGUUUGGAGCGGCUGACGUCAUCCAUCCCGCAGUGGCAGGCGGAUAUCGAGGCCAUGUCGGCCGGCAGAACGUUCCGAAAGUCGCCGACCAACCCGUCGCCCCACUUGCACGAUGUGGACGUUGAGAGUACAUCAUCGGCUGGUAGGGCUUUCAGAAAAUCAACCACCAACCCGGCAAUGCAAGAUGUAGACAUGGGGUAUGGUCAUGCCACUCCCCCCAUGACCCCUCCCCCUCAGUACCCCCCCCAGCCGCCCCAGGGGCCUUCUGCUACAGGCGGGGGCGGCGCUCCUGGUGUGCCGCGGCUGCAGAGAAACAGCAGCGCGCGCAGCACGUGCAGCAUGAUGAGCAUGCCGGGCGGCAGCAAUGAUGACCCGGGCGGCGCACCCGUCCGGCGGGACAUGGGCCCGAUGGUUGAGGCACUGAAUUUCGGGUCAGGUGUGGACCGGCGGGCAGCUGUGCGAGACAUCCGAACUGCCAUCAAGGGCUGCCCGGAAAACAAAGCGCAGCUGGUGCAACUAGGGGGGAUCGAGCCGCUAGUGGAAGUAAUCGAAUCAGACGACUUAGAAGCAGCAGAGCACGCUGUUGCUGCUCUCAUGAACCUAUCCCUCCACUGGAACGCAUCAGGGGAGAUUGUGCGAGCGGGUGGAAUACCAGCCCUGGUGGGCAUGCUCAAUCACGGCACGUCGGCCUCGCAAGGCAAUGCUGCCGCCACCCUGUUUGCCCUCUCCAAAGAAGACGACCACAAGCUGAUGGUCCGAGCAUCAGGGGCCAUCCCUGCACUCAUCUCGCUCCUCAAAACCGGCACGGUGCGGGCAAAGAAAGACGCAGCUCUGGCUCUCUUCACUCUCUCCACCCAGGUGCGCUGCGCCCGGGAUAUCCUUAAAGCCGGAGCUGUCGAGGUCCUGCUAGGCAUGUGUGGCUCGGGGGACUCCGCCGACCCUCCCCCGCCAGGCUUGGAAGAGAAAGCCACGGCGGUCCUAUCCAACCUGGCCAGGUUCCCCGAAGGGUGCCAGUCGGUGGUGGAGUGCGACGGGCUGACCAUGUUUGUGGAUCUACUCGAUGAGGGGUCAUCGGCGCGGGUGAAGGAGGAUGCGGCGUCGGUGCUGCUACAGCUGGCGGCCAUGGGGUUUGUGACGUACGGAGAUCUGCUCGCGGAGGGCGUGCUGCCGUCGCUGGUGCGCGUGUCGCAGACGAGCGCCGAGAACUCGGAGGCCAAGACGCUGCUGCAGAUCCUGCGGCAGCACUGCGCGGAGAACAAGCGGUGA